GCAUCGACUCUGAGGGCCACGCUGCUAACUUUGUGGAGACGGAGCAGAUCGUUUUGUAUGAGGGAGCAAAGGCUUCAUUUAUACAGACUCGAGGCUCCAUGCCCUUCUACUGGAGUCAGAGGCCCAACCUGAAAUACAAACCUAAACCUAUAAUCAGCAAAACCACUAAUCACAUGGAUGGUUUCCAGAGGCAUUUCGACUCUCAGCUGCUUAUCUAUGGGAAGCAAACCCUUCUGAACCUGGUGAAUCAGAAAGGCUCCGAGAAGCCUCUAGAACAGGCCUUUGAUAAGAUGGUGUCUGGCAUGAACAACGGUAUGCUCAAGUAAGUGUCACCAGUAAGGUAUUAUGUAGCGUAUAUCUGUAUAAACAUGCAGCAGCCCCUGAACUGCACUUUGUCAGACAGACAGACAGACAGACAGACAGACAGACAGACAGACAGACAGACAGACAGACAGACAGACAGACAGACAGACAGACUUAUUAAGAUUAUUUGGGAGGCAACUUUGUGUUUGUUUCACUUUGAAUUAGAUUGACUUAUGUCUAAUUGUGUAUCCUUUCAACCACCUACUUCAAUGAUAAUUCCCCCAGGACAGAAAUCAGCUGAAUGCAGAGAGCUGACUGAAAAGCAGUUCCUUUUGAAGAUGUUUCAUUUUAAAUGAAACAAAAAAGGCUGCUGCUUAUAUUGCGAUCCAGGAGGGCUGCAUACAAAGAUCAACAUAAACUUCCUCCAUCGAAUAAGUAACCCCAAGAGCUUGGGGUCAAACAACUUUACCGCUUCCCAUCGAUCAUCCGCUGUGUCCACAUUGUCCCUGUCCAUUAGACAUGCAUGUCAUGCCUCAUUGAAGCCACAGCACAUAUUCAUUGACAGCAGAAAGACUUAAAGGUCACCUGUUGUGCAAAAUCCACUUGUUCCUGUCUCCUCUACAUCAACAUGUGUCCCCUCUUCUCCAUGUCAUGGAUUACAUCCAAUAGCUUCUAUAAUAAAAAACAAAACGUCUGCCUGCUCCCCAC